UUCUUCUUCUCUCUCUCUCUCUCUCUCUCUCUCUCUCUCUCUCUCAAAUUGUGAAUAUGCAAAGACUGGUUUCGGCGAGGUCUGGGCUCACAAAUCUUCUCAGAUAUCAGAGACACUCUGCUUCGUUCUCUACGACUCUUCUCUUCGAUGAUACUCAGAUUCAGUUCAAGGAGAGUGUGGGCCAAUUUGCACAAGAACACAUUGCCCCACAUGCUUCAAAAGUAGACCAUACUAAUAACUUUCCCAAGGAGGUUAACUUGUGGAAGCUCAUGGGAGAUUUUAAUCUUCAUGGCAUUACUGCCCCCGAGGAAUAUGGUGGGCUGGGUCUUGGCUAUUUGUAUCACUGCAUAGCUAUGGAAGAAAUAAGCCGUGCUUCAGGAUCUGUUGGACUAUCUUAUGGUGCUCAUUCCAACCUGUGCAUUAACCAAUUGGUGAGGCAUGGAAAUCCUACUCAGAAAGAGAAGUAUUUGCCAAAGCUUAUUAGUGGAGAGCAUGUAGGGGCUCUUGCAAUGAGCGAACCCAAUUCUGGUUCUGAUGUUGUUAGCAUGAAGUGCAAAGCUGAUCGAGCAGAUGGUGGUUAUAUCUUAAAUGGGAACAAGAUGUGGUGCACCAAUGGGCCAGUUGCUCAAACAUUGGUUGUUUAUGCAAAAACGGAUAUAACUGCGGGAUCAAAGGGAAUAACAGCUUUCAUCAUUGAGAAGGGAAUGCCCGGAUACAGUACUGCCCAGAAAUUAGACAAACUUGGCAUGCGGGGAAGCGAUACAUGUGAGCUUGUCUUUGAGAAUUGCUUUGUUCCAGAUGAAAAUGUUCUUGGCCAGGAAGGAAAAGGAGUCUAUGUCAUGAUGUCAGGGUUAGAUUUAGAGAGGCUUGUUCUAGCUGGUGGACCCCUAGGUAUUAUGCAGGCAUGUAUGGAUGUUGUCCUUCCUUAUGUUCGACAGCGAGAGCAGUUUGGCCGUCCGAUUGGCGAGUUUCAGCUUAUGCAGGGGAAAAUUGCUGACAUGUAUACUUCUUUACAAUCUUCAAGGGCCUAUGUGUAUUCUGUUGCAAGGGAAUGUGACAAUGGAAGAGUUGACCCAAAGGACUGCGCAGGAGUUAUACUGUCUACGGCUGAAAGAGCCACGCAGGUUGCUUUGCAGGCUAUACAAUGCUUAGGUGGUAAUGGCUAUGUAAAUGAGUACUCAACUGGUCGUCUCCUUCGAGAUGCCAAACUCUAUGAGAUUGGAGCAGGAACUAGUGAGAUCAGAAGGAUGAUCAUUGGCCGGGGGCUAUUUAAGGAGCAAUAAAAAGACCUGAAAUUCAUUUUCGGUUGCUGGAUCGGGAUAUCAGCUCUAACCCCUCUAGAGUUCAGCCUUUCUGACUGCAUGUACUUCACUCGCAUAUUCCAGAACACAGUAUCAAGGCUCAUCCCACCAUUAUCGACAUGUAUAUUGAAAUUACUGUAUCCAUUAAGAGAACAAAUGGAGGUUCCAUCAUCUUCAAGUAGAUUAUCAAAUAAGGUCGAAUGAGUUUCUAGAGAUGACGCUCGUUUUCCCUUGUAAAUUCGGGAAAAUCAUACCUCUCUGUAGACUCUUUUCCAUGGUAUACAAUAGAGGAGGACCUCUGUUUGAUUGGUAUC